AUGAGGAGGUCCCUGCUCAAGUUUGCUGAUGUCAGCGAUCCGCCCACCGCCCUCAGCCUGCCCGCACAGACGGUGCUUUUCACCUAUGGCCUUCUGAUGCUCCUCAUCAUAGCCAUGUACACCGCCGGCACCGCGGCGCGGCUGACCGCCGCCCAGAUCAACUCCAACAUCAAUGGGAAGGAUGACCUGCCUGGGAAGGUGGUGGGAACCUGGGAGGGCUACGUGCCGCGGCUGACGGAUCAGGGGAUCAACGUCGUGGGGCUGCCCUGGCUCAACACCGAUAAUGAGGGCAAAAUGCUGGACAAGCUGCGAUCUGGGGAGAUCCAGGCGCUCGUUCUUGACAGGAACACGGUCGACUACAUCGCCUCUAUGGACUGCGAUUUCGUGGCGGUUGGGACGCCCUUCUCUAUCGUGGACUCCGGCUUCGGACUGGCCCUCGGACUGCAGCAGCCGCUGGAGGAGGACCUGAACUACGUCAUCCGCGACGCCGUGAGGGCGGGGGUUAUGGAGAAGGUCCACAACGCCAACAUCAUGCGCAUGACCGACACGGCGCGCUGCAAGGAUACGUCAAUGAAGCCAGACAACACGAUUUGGCUGCACCAGGUGGCAGGGCUCUGGGUCAUGCUGGGCAUAAGCGUCCUGGCUGCAGGUCUGAUGCUCUGCGUGCACUCUGUGCAGCGGCGCCACAGGCACGUGUCGCGAGUCGUCAGCAAGGUCCCUGCCGGCCUGCGCACCAUCUCGUCGCGCGUGUUCUCGCGCAACGGCAGCAGCGCGGGCGUCGAGCGCGUUGCGCGCGAGGGAGACGGCGCCGGCGCGGCGGCGGACGACGCGUGCGUCGUCGCGCGGCGGCGGGGGGACAGGGUGUGA